GUCAUAGCCAGAUAGGAAAGGGUAGAGAGCAGAAAACAAAACAAAAAACAAAAACAAAAAUUCAGAACAAAUGGGUGGGGGUGAAGAUUGCAUGAUCAUCCCAGUGAUUGAUAUGCAAAAGUUUCCAGAUGCAGAAGAGUACAAGAAACUGAGGGAAGCAUCUGAGAUAUGGGGCUGCUUCAGGCUUAUCAACCACAAGAUCCCAUUGGCUCUUAUGAAGGAGAUGAAGGCUGUGGUCAGAUCCCUGCUUGACCUGCCCAUGGAGAUCAAGCAGCAGAACAAGGAUGUCAUAGCUGGUAGUGGCUACAUGGCACCCAGCAAAGUCAACCCUCUUUAUGAGGCUCUGGGUCUUUAUGACUUGGGCUCACCUGAGGCUGUGCAUACUUUUUGCUCUAAGUUGGAUGCCUCUUCCCACCAGAGAGAGAUAAUAUCGAAGUAUGCUCAAGCAGUGUAUGAUCAGAUUGUGGAAAUAGGGCACAAGUUGGCAGAGAGUCUUGGGUUGGAAAAUGUUGAUUUUCUCAAUGGCUGGCCUUGCCAGUUUAGGAUAAACAAGUACAACUUCAAACCUGAAUCAGUGGGCUCUUCUGGUGUACAGAUACACACAGAUUCAGGAUUUCUAACCAUUCUUCAAGAUGAUGAAAAUGUUGGUGGUCUAGAAGUGAUGGAUAAAGCUGGUGCCUUUGUCCCAGUUGAUCCUUGCCCAGGCACUCUCCUUGUCAAUCUUGGGGAUGUUGCUCAGGCAUGGAGCAAUGGGAGGUUGUGCAAUGUGAGGCAUAGAGUGCAAUGCAGGGAGGCAACGAUUCGAGUUUCGAUUGCUACAUUUCUCUUGGGACCAAAGGAUCAGGAAGCCGUGGAGGCUCCUCCGGAAUUCGUGGAUUCGGAGCAUCCACGGCUCUAUGUCCCUUUUACUUAUGAAGACUAUAGAAAGCUCAGGCUCUCUUCAAAAUUGCAGGCUGGUGAAGCCCUUGCUCUCCUACGUACCACCCCAUCCUAAUUGCUGAUAUGAACCAAAGCUUAGCUAUAGCAUAUAUCAGCUUUCCAUUUUAACCCAUCUCCAAUGCAUAAAUAGAAGCGAACGUAAGCUCAUUGUAAACGCAGUUACAUUUGCAGACCAUUUAUAUCCAAAUAAGUAACUUAAUAAAAUCCAUAUUUGCCCAA